UAAAUUGUUUUAUUUUAUUUUUUUAGACAAUAAUUAUAAAAAUUAUAAUGGAGAAUUUGCUGCAGCAAACAAACAGGGAAUUACACCAACUGCACAAUGAAAUGACAUCACUUGGAAGAGCACACAAAGAUCAACUGGAGGUUAUUGAAGGGAAGAUAGCACAAGGAAUUGAAGAAAUAUAUACUAAUUGUAGACGGUUAGAAGAAUAUGUGUUUAAAGAACCUGCUCAAAGAAAACAAUCCUCAAAAUUAAAAGUGGAUCAAAUUAUGUAUGAUGUGAGACACAUUGAAUCCAGUUAUAAAAAUUAUUUGCACAAAAAAAGAAACAGGUUAGAAGAAGAACGUCGACGGGAGGAACUCAUGUCUAUGAAGUUCACUACAAAUGCCGAUAGUAACGACACCAAGAUUGCAAUGGAUUAUGCACUGCAACACAAUGAUGCUCUUCAAAAUGCAGACCGCAAUAUUGGUCAGAUGUUAUACACAGGUUCAAGUGCGCUUGAUCAAAUGAAAAAUCAACGCAUGUCAUUGAAGGGUGUUCGAAAACGCAUGCUUGAUAUUGGUAAUACCUUGGGUUUGUCCAACACUGUUAUGAGAAUGAUCGACAAACGAGGAACACAGGACAAAUGGAUUGUAUAUGGUGGAAUGAUUCUUACUUGCGUUAUAAUAUUCUUGAUUGUCAGAUAUUUAACUUGAUGAUUAGAUCUAUUUUUACCUCUUUUUAAUACUACAAUUCGUUUUUGAAUUUUUAGCCAAGCUACUCUUCCAAAGAAACUUAAAAUUUUUUCCGUGAACAAGAGAUAUUUUUAUUAUGCCGUCAAUCAAGGAUGCUUAAAAAGGUUUAGAUCUUCUUGCAGCCAACCUACCGUGUUCUGCAGAGCCAGAUAAUACUUGCAUUGUCCCACCAACGUAACGUAAAACUCAAUUUCCAUAUAAUUAUUGGGUAACAGUUGUAUGACUUACCGUACGGCUGCUGUAGGAAUAAAACACAAACCUGUUUUUACAAAAACUUGUUUCCAAUAGAGUCGCCAUUGUUACUACUGUGUAUCACACACCAUAGUUCUGUGGAAAUCAAGCUUUAAGUCGAAAUCACGUAUGUUAAAUGGAAUCAUGUGGAAUGCCAUUGAUUAUAACAAUGUCCUGUUAUUUCAACGUUUGUAUAGGAACAUUCCGUGAAGAAAGGGGUACUAUUCCCCCUCGGGUGUUUAUUUAAUAGAAAACAGAUAUUUACUUAAAUAUAUUUUUAUUUUGUUUA